UGUUAGAAACACAAAACCCUAAACCCCGAGCGCAGCGCGAAAGCCAUAAACUCCCUCCCUGUUUUGAGUUCUUCUCGAGAGAAGAAGCAGAAGCUGCAGAAGAACAGCAAGCAAAUAACAAUGGCGACCUCCAUAGCUUCGCAAUUAGAAGCUGUCAGAUCCUCCGUAAAAAUCGACUCCGAGCCUCUCAAGAGGCCAUUCACUCGCCCUUCUAUCCUGUUCGAUCCCAAAGAAGCUGCUGACAUAGACAUCGAAGCUAUUUUCAGCAUCGCUCUUCAAGGCUUUGAGGUUCUUAUCGGCACGGAUUAUCGGUUCAUGAAAUAUAAGAAGGAUUUGUUUAGCCACAGGAGUAAAGAGUUAGAUAGAGAGUUGAUGGGAAUAGAACAAAACAAUCAACUCAAUGUCUCCAUUGCUUCGUACUUAAAACUGCUUUCUGGAUAUUUUCUUAUUCCCGCUGCUCUUAAAACGCUUGAGUACUUGAUACGUAGGCACAAGAUUCAUGUAUACAACAACGAGGAUUUGAUUUUGUGUGCUUUGCCGUACCACGACACGCAUGCAUUUGUUCGGAUAGUACAAAUACUUGAUACAAGGAAUACUAAAUGGGCGUUUCUUGAUGGUGUGAAAGUGUCUGGUGCACCGCCGCCUAGAAUGGUCAUAGUGCAGCAGUGCAUCCGUGAUAAGGGCAUAUUAGAUGCUCUAUGCAACUAUGCAUCUCCGUCAAAAAAGUCUCAACCUUCCCGGCUUGUAAUUGGAUUUUGUACUGCUGUUUUUGUUGAAGUUUUGGGCACUGUUGUGACUGUUAAUGAUGAUCUUGUAAAGAGAAUACUUCCUUUUGUGGUGUCCGGUCUUCAGCCAGGCGUGCAGGGAGCUUCAGAUCACAAGGCUGGUUCUUUGAUGAUCAUUGGUUUGCUCGGAAACAAAACUGCGUUAGCUCCCAAACUUUUGAAUAGUUUGAUACGUUCAGUUGCUGAAGUUGCUCAUGGGGAGGCCGAAGAGAUGACAGAUCUCCACUGGUUUAGAUUGUCCCUUAUUACCUUAAUCAGUCUUGUUCAGUCUCAAAAUGUUGAAAUACUCCCCACAAAGGCCUUGGAGAUUUUAAAGGAAAUAAGGGACUUGGCAGGGCUUUUAUUGGAAUUAUCUAAGGAGUUUAAUAUUGAAAAGUUUCUCCGUGUGCUUUUCGACUCCUUGAUUGACUGCAGUUCUUCUGAUGAAAACUGUCAGCGGACUUUGCUAUCCUUGGUAGAAAAAGUGCCCAUAAAUAAUAUUGUUUAUCAUGUGGUCACUAAGAUCCUUUCAACAUGUGUGAAAUUAUCACAAAAAGUUGAUGACUCAACUUCCAUGUCAGCUGGGUGGGCAAAAAAGGUUCUGAUUAUUGUUAAUACAAAGUACCCUUCUGAACUACGUGGUGCAGUUCAUCAUUUUCUUCAGGAUAACAAAACGCGUUCUAAGAAUGAUGAUUCAUCAUAUAAGGUUUUAUGUAAGAUGUUGGAUGGGAAUUUGGACUCGUCACUUGGUACCUCAGAUUCUAAAGUUUGGUUAGGCCUGUAUCAUCCAAAGGCUGAAGUUCGACGUGCUACGCUGCUUGAAUUAAAUUCUUCUGACAUCCUGAAAACCAAUGUGGUUGGUUCAGAGAAUCUUAUAAGCAUCCAAGAGGCCAUAUUAAGACUGCUUGAUGAUAAAGAUCUAACAGUUGUUCAAGCAGCUUUACUUGUUGAUGGCUUGCCAAAUGUAAUAGAUUCUUCUAAGCUUCUUGUUGCACUACAGAAUGUGCUGAGAAGAUGCACUGGCAAACUGCUAUCAGGUUCAGCCGAUAAUCACAGUCUAACUACUGAAGUUGCUGUUGCUUGUCUAAAGAAUGCCAUCUCCUACUUCAAUGAUACUGAUUACUUGAAGAAUGUUGCUGCUAUGAUUUUUCCGUUACUCCUUGUUCUACCACAGACACAGAGUUUGAAUUUAAAGGCCCUGGCACUGGUAAACAAAAUAAACUGGCCAUUUUAUCGGAAUAUUGCUGUGUCUUCCUUUGGAGAAGGGACAACAAUACCUGGAAGUUUAUCUUCAAUUAACUUGAAGACUAUCAAUAACUUGGCUGAGAAUUUCAUGGUCCAUCCUGAAGAUCAUGUUGCUUGGUUUGUUGAAAGUUGCAGUGAUUUGGAGUUGUCAAAAACAAUCUUCUGUUUUGUUCUCUUGCAGUCUCUUUUGAUAAAACCAAAAGAUGAAGACAUUUGUGCACUAUUUGAACAUGUAUUUCCUAUUCUAAAGGCCGAGUGGGAAACUUCAGUGACUGCUGGUGAUGUCUUAUUGGAAGAGUUCAAUUCUGAAGUGUUAGACUGGGAUUGCAGUGCAUUCUUUAAUCAUCUUUUGUAUGCCAAUCUAAGAUCGCUACAUGUGAGGGUUAUGAUUUGCAUAUUUUGGAGGCUGCUAGCUUUACUAAUAUCAGUACUACCUUCUGACAUUUUGCUGCAUGAUGAUGAUAAGUGGGUCAGCAAGAUAAGGGAUUUGUUUGUAUUUUUUGCUUCCUCAAAAUUGAAGCAUGCAUUCCGUGAACACCUCCAUUACUUAGUAGCACAGUGCAGAAUAUCACCUCCUCGCCUCUUAUCCAAGUUUUUCACGGAGGAAGGUGUUCCUGCUGCAGUCCAGGUUGAAAGUCUUCAAUGCUUUGCAUUUCUUUGUAGCCUGUCUCCAGAUAGAUUGCAGAUUGAACUUUUAGCUGAGUUUCCUUCUGUUCUUGUUCCUUUGGCAGGGGAUAAUCAGACUAUAAGGGUUGCUGCCAUGAAAUGUAUCGAUUCUUUACGUACAUUGUGGUGUCAUGUUGAGCGUUCUGGCAAGAAAAAUGGGAGCAAUGCAACGUGGAUCCAUUUUGUGGGUGAGCUUUUGCUGUUGAUGGAUCAGCAAAAAACACUCAUAUUGUCCGACAAGAAAUUUCUUCCUUCAUUGUUUGCAUCCACUUUGAGCUCAUCCUGUGAAAAGACUAAAAACAUCUUGGUACCUCAAGAUGUAGAAAACAGGUUUGACCAGCCUACAAAGCUAAAAAUUCAUAGCUUCAUUUUGGGGUCUGCUCUUAAAUUCUCUAACUACGGGAAGCUUUUGAUUUUAUCUUUGUUCAAAGGAAUUGGGAAUGCCCUUAUGCAUGUUCCUGAAGUUGGGCCAUUGUUGUCCUCUUUUCUGGAGCAAUACUAUGAUGAGCUCAAUAAGUCUUGUCCAAAUUUGUCAAGUACUGAAACUCAGAUAAUGUGCCUUUUGCUGGAGACCUGCGUUAUGUCAUCUCCCUCUGGUGGAAAUGAUUUUCAACAUAUUUUACUGAAAGUUUUGCGGUUGGAUGCCAUUACUGUGGAUGGCCCUGCCUAUAUAGAGCCUUGUAUCACUGUCUUGAACAAACUUAACAGUCAAUUCUACAUGGGGUUGAAGGAUGAAGUGAAGGUCUUAUUGGCAGAUAAUUUAUUUUGUGAGCUUGUGUUUUUGUGGCGUAAUGAUAAUGGUGAUGUACAACGUGCAACUAAAGAGGCAUUAAUGCGCAUAGAUAUUAAUUUCUCAACUGUUGGCCACGUACUUGAACUCAUACUUGCACAGAAAAGUUGCAUGAUUAGUUCAGCAGAUGAAAAGAUGGAAAAGAAACAAAAAUUGAUAGGACAUCAAGAUGCAGGAUAUUUCCCUAAUGACAUAUGUAGAAGAGAUAAUCCACUCCACAUCCUUAGUUCCCUUCUUGAUGUUUUGCUACUGAAGAGGGACAUAACAAACAGGCAUUUACUUUUAGAGCCCUUAUUCAAACUUCUUAGAAAUGCAUUUUCAGAAGAAUGGGUGAAUGGUGCCUUUUUCUCCAAAAGAAGGCUAAGCUGUCCUUCUGAAGCCAAUAAUUCCAUAUUAUAUAAUAUUCAACAGACUCUGUUGAUUAUCCUAGAGGAUAUAAUUAUGUCUCUUAAAAGCAUGGCUCCACUAAAUGAAAAAAUGACGAAGGAAAUUAAUAUUUUAUUACUGAUAGAGUGUGCCAGGAAUACCAAUGUUGUAGCCACCCGCAACCAUGUAUUUUCUCUACUUUCUGCUGUAACUAGAGUAUUUCCAGGAGAAGUUUUGGAGCAUAUACUUGAUAUUCUUGCAGUUAUUGGAGAAGCAGCUGUCACACAGAUUGACAGUCAUUCAAAGAAUGUUUUUGAAGAUCUUAUAUCUGCAAUUGUUCCCUGUUGGCUGUCUAAGACAGAUGAUGUAAAGAAAUUACUGAAGAUUUUCAUGGAUAUAUUGCCUGAAAUUGUUGAGCACAGGAGGCUGUCAAUUGUUUUAUAUCUAUUAAGAACUUUGGGUGAGGGAAAAAGCUUAGCUUCGUUGCUUAUCCUACUUUUUCGUUCAUUAGUUUCAAGGAAAGCUGCCUGUUUCCUUGAUAUUGAGACACCAGAUGCUUUAACAUUUUAUACUGGAGAGUGGGAAUAUAAAUUUGCGGUGCAAGUUUGUGAACAAUAUUCGAGUAUGACUUGGCUUCCUUCUUUAGUCAUGCUGCUUGAACAGGGGGAAAAUGGUGAUGUUGACCAGGCACUGUUUCUGGAAUUGUUUGUUGCAAUGCAAUUUUCUUUGCAAAAGUUGCAAGAUCCAGAAUUUGUUUUUAAGUUGGAUUCAGGAGAAGAUACUGCUGUCAUUCAGAGGGCACUGGGUAAGCUUAUGGAGCAGGUUGUUUUACUCUUGCAACUUGUAGAUGCAAGAAAAAAGCAACUGAAUUUCCCUGUAGUUUUGAGGAAAGAGUUGAAGGAAACUAUGCGUGCUGUUGUAAAGAAUCUAACUACAGUCAUGAUACCUUAUGUAUACUUCAAGAGCAUAAUUAAAUUGCUCCGUCAUGCAGAUAAUAAUGUUGGUAAAAAGGCUCUUGGGCUGUUAUGUGAGGCUGCAAAAAAUAAUAAAAAUGUCAGCAUAAAGCUUAAAAACAACAAAGGAUCAAGGUCAACUACAAGUUUUCUAUUGCUUAAUAUGAAUGAAACUUCCCCAGAAUCACUUAAUAAAUUGUGUUUAGAAAUUAUUCGAAUACUUGAUGAUUCAUCAAAUACCUCCUUGAAAGUUGCAGCAGUUUCAGCAUUAGAAGUUUUGGCUGAAAGGUUCCCUUCGAAUAAUUCCAUCUUUAGUCUGUGCCUUGGAUCUGUUACAAGAUAUAUUGCUUCUCAUAACUUGGCUGUGGCUUCUAGCUGCCUCAGAACAACUGCUGCCCUGAUCAAUGUUCUAGGUCCAAAAGCACUGGCAGAACUUCCUAAGAUUAUGGACAAUGUGAUCAAGUCAUCUCGUCAAGUAUUGUCUAGUUUGAAUGAGAAACCCCAAACCAAUGAUGUUUUAUCAACCUCAAAUGAAUCCCAUUUUUAUGUUCUGGUCACUUUGGAGGCAGUUGUGGACAAGCUUGGUGGAUUUUUAAAUCCAUAUCUCACUAAUAUCAUGGGGCUUCUGGUGCUUCAUCCUGAAUAUGUUUCUGGAAUGGAUGCAAAGGUGGAAUCUAGAGCUCAUGGAGUACGAAAGCUUCUUGCUGAAAAAAUUCCUGUUCGACUUGCCCUUCCACCGUUGUUAAAAUUAUACCCGGCUGCCAUUGAGGCUGGGGAUAAAAGCUUAACAGUUGUGUUUGAUAUGUUGGAAACCAUAAUUGGUACAAUGGACAGAUCAUCUAUUCUAGCAUUCCAUGGAAAGAUAUUUGAUCUUUGUUUGAUUGCUCUUGAUCUGCGCCGUCAAAGUCCUCCUUCAGUUCAAAAAAUUGAUGUAGUCGAAAAUGGUGUGCUUAACUCGAUGACUAUUCUGACCCUAAAACUUACUGAGAGCAUGUUCAAGCCACUUCUCAUAAAGAGUAUUGAGUGGGCAGAAUCUGAAGUUGAUGAAAAUGCGUCUACCGGAAGCAUAGAUAGGGCCAUAUCUUUCUAUGGCAUGAUAAAUAAGCUUGCAGAGAACCAUCGGUCAUUGUUUGUUCCUUACUUCAAACACUUGCUUGGUAGUUGUGUUCAUCAUCUUAGUGAUGGUGGAGAUGUGAAAGUGUCUAGUGUGAGUCGGAAAAAGAAGGCCAGGAUUCUGGACGAUGGUAUUCUAAAAGAACCAGGCAGUGUGUCUAUCAAGUGCUGGCAUCUCAGGGCCCUAGUCUUGUCAUCCUUACACAAGUGUUUUCUCCAUGACACAGGGAGCUUGAAGUUUCUUGAUUCCACAAAUUUCCAGAUGUUGUUAAGACCUAUUGUUUCACAACUUGUCAUAGAUCCACCAGCUUUGCUGGAUGACAGCAUAAAUAUACCUAGUGUGAAGGAAGUUGAUGACCUACUGGUUGUGUGCAUUGGUCAAAUGGCAGUGACAGCUGGAUCUGACCUUUUGUGGAAACCUUUGAACCAUGAGGUUUUGAUGCAGACACGGAGUGAAAAGUUGCGAGCUAAAAUAUUGGGCCUCAGAAUUGUAAAAUAUUUAUUGGAGAAGUUGAAAGAAGAAUAUCUAGUGCUACUGGCUGAAACGAUCCCCUUCCUUGGUGAACUGCUGGAGGAUGUGGAGCUUUCAGUUAAAUCUCUUGCUCAGGAAAUUCUGCAGGAAAUGGAGUCUCUCAGUGGGGAAAGCCUUCGGCAAUACCUAUGAUGUAUGAGCAAAGAGCUAGAGAUAUGCCAGUGUAAAAUGUGGGUUAAUUAAGGAAAAUUAUCAUUUAUUUAUUCUGAUAAAGGUGAAAGUUCCAUUUUUCCCGUGUAAUCUUUAAACUCUCACCAUCAUUUAAAACACAAUGCUACGUUCCCCAGAGGAAUUUAAUCAGAGGUUCUUCUAAUAGUAUCUUAUUUUUAUUGCUA